UUUUAUUCGGCGCUGGUAGUCAGCGCGCGUUUGCCAAACCAUCGCUGAAUAAAUAGAAGAAAUAGCGUACGGUGUUAUUUAUAAAGGAAAAAACAUAAUGAGAAGCUUUUUUUAAUUAUUUAAACCGCUUGGGUGAUAAUCAUUCUACAGUUGUUUGCGUAAAUUUAAUAAAUCAAGUUCAGUCCGUUAUGGAAUGCGCUAGGGGCAGCUACUGUAUUACGCAGCUCCGCAUGAUGCCAGAAUAAAAAUUUAUUAUAAAUUCAAUUUAGUCAUAUUUUUCACCUUCCUGAAUGAUUAUUUAUUCCAUUAACCUAACAAGCGAUUAUUCAUCGACCAUUGCAUGGCAAAAUUUUUCAAUUAAUUCGAUAUUAAGGAUUUUUCAUCCGCAUAAAGAUACGUACAUGGGUACGUGGCAACAAGGCAAACUUAUUUCUGUCGGGCGCCUUGCUGCUGUUACUGCUGCUCACAACUUCCUAGUCAAAAGAAUUUCUUCGUGCGCAAAUAACAUUUAUCAUCAACUGUGCGGUGAAUUUAAAACUCAAACAUUCACAAACAACAUAUAAUAAUCCAAGCCCUACUGAACGGUUAGCUUUGUUGUUCAAAUCGUCCAACCGAAACUUGAACAAUUAAUUCGCUAGGAAGCGUCGGACGAUUGUAUUCUACUUUCAUUGAAAGUGUUGUAGUCCCAGUGUUAAAAUUAUUGACCUGCCUACUGUAUCCUGUGGAUUAAACAGUGCGUUUUGUACCAUACAAAAAUAAGAACCAAAUGCAAUUGUCAUAAACGUAAAUACCGCCUUGCUUCACUUUAUUACGGAUUAAAUGGUAAUAUAAUUUUCGUGGUUAUAUACAGAUUAAGAGAGAUAUUCCAUAGUUGCAUAUUGUUAUUUUUUUUUUUAAUUCUUUUUUGUUUUUACCCACAAGAUAAUGUUUGUGUAUGAAGUAAUGGUAGAGUUAUAAUACGACAAAAAAAAUCAAGAUAGCAAAGCUGGCCACUGUUACGCACAGCAAUCGAGUAAUUGGCUUUUGUUAUUACCUGAGCCGAUGUCAAUUUUCGAGUACAUGAAGUACUUUGAGCAUUAUGGGUAUUUUGGAUCGAGUUUCAUAUUGGUUCGGAAGAUAACUUGACAAAAAUUCAAAGGCGUUUAGUCGAAGAGAGGAAGAAAAAAAGAAAACAAGUAACUGAACUAACAUAAAUAAUCACUGACGAAAAAAGAAUCAGAUAUAUAUAAACUUUUUAAACUUUUGCUAAUGGUACUUAGACGAAAUCGCGCUCAUCCUCCGAGUACAAAAAUGGAGGAACCAGCAAAAAAGAAACAAAGAAUUAUCAAUAGUGACGAACAAGAUGAAAACAAUAGUAUGACAACUGCGAUGGUGACGGAGAUAGAAAGCUUUCAAAACAGUCUCCUGUCGCAAUGUCUGUGCAAUGUCCCUGUGAGCAGUUUGAGAAAACCGUUCACUGGCAGUACGGUUCAGGCUGGUGACGGUACCUAUAGAAUGACGACACUGUCAGAAUGGGAGCCAGACAGAACAUUGCAAUUCAUUAGUGCCCUUCAGCUGCUCUUUGAUCUAGCAAUAAAACAGAAUACCAGAGGUAUAAUGUGUAGCAGAGUGGCCGACGUGUGUGAGGCUCUGUCGCGCAACGAGCACGGUAUCAUAGACCAAAUACUAGAUUUAUCAUGUUCACCAAAUAAGUUCAUAUCAUUUACCGCGAGCAGAGCCCUAGCCUCUUUCUUCAUAGUGACCAAAGAAAACAUUGAAUUGUCAUGGCUGGACAGGCUCACCCAGUCUUUGGUCAGCACGCACUCACCAAGCCAGAUGCUGUUUACUUUGGAUGUUGUUAAAAGGGUGGUCGAGCACAAGGACGGCAGUACUCAUCCGUUGGAGGAUGGCGAAAGCUUUACUUCGCCCAGGAACUGUAACACCUUGACAAUAUCGGAUCCAGAGAGCCUGGAUAGUACCCCAGUAAAAGCGAUGUGCGUCAAAGCCCUGGAGUCAAAGUGGAACAUUUUAGUAUCAAAGUUUGAUAGUAUUUUAAGCUCCUAUACUCCUCAGCACGAAUCGGCGGUUAUAAUGUUCCUAGACUUGUGGGAAUCCAUAAUAUCCGUUAAAGCCAACCUGUCUGUUGUUGAUACAAAACUGUUCUACUCCCAGCUUGACAAUCUGGUUGUUCUAUUGAACUCCAACGUUCCUGGCAUCAUUUGGAGGCACCUUUUGGGUUUACUCAAUGAAGUGCUUUGCUACGGGAGCACGUUGGCUCUUCAAGAUGUUCUUCCCGACGAGCCGUGCUCGUUGGCUCAUCUGGUUGUCCGCGCCGUUAAAGACUGGAGGCUCCUGGAUGCUUUGCCGUAUCGCCAUGGAUCAGGGAGAUUCGGAGGUGGCUCCGGGGACGGAGAUCGGCCUUUGCUACAGAAAGUGAUUUUACUCGUUCUCAAAAGUGUUGCUGUCACAGUAAAGGAAACACGAAGCGAUUCCAGUGACUCAUCUCUUGGCUCAGAAGCUGAAGAUCUUGAUGCGGACAUGGCUGUUAUUGAAAGAAGCAUAAGAGAAGUACUGCGUCAGUUGGAUCAGUGUGUGAAAUCCCUUAUGCCUUUUCAUCCAGAAACACCACUAUCUCAAUGGGUUGUCCAAAUGUUUCACGACCAAGAUGAUUUCCUCAUAGAAGGCAUGGUUUGUUGUUUGGAUGUUGCCGUUGGUCUAUUUUAUCGGGGACCGCCCCAAAAUGAUCUUGGCCACAUGCUCAGCCCAACGUUAACUUUUGUUCAAUUUAUACGUGCAGUCUCUCACGAUCCGGAUGUACUUUUAGACCUUCUAGUUAGCAAUGAGACUUGUUUUCUCUUGUAUCUUCUGAGAUUCUUGAAAUACAUCAGGAGAAAUUGGUCAGAAUUUAUAACUUGUUGCGCAAGAGAAUUGGAUGAUACAAUGACUGUUUUAAUUCGGCUUAGGCUAGCGAUAGACAGGCUUGUAUCCAAGGCUCUUUUUCCAUACAAUAUAAACCCUGUUCUUCGUCUGUUAGAAAAGUGUGAGUCAUUUUAUGAAGGAAACAUUGAAAAUUGAUCGAAUGUUCGCGAGCUGCAUAUAAGUAGAAAGUAAUUUUUACUAUUGUUUCUAAGGGAAGAAUUGUUGUUUUCCUUACUGUACAUAUGAACAAUUCCUGAUGAGUAAGAUUGUACAUGUAUUUUUAUAAAAUAUAUUUUAAUAAGACUCUACAUCUCCCAUCUCAUAAAAUUGCAGUAAAUUUUACUCCGUUGAUUGGGAAGAAAACAGAGGCAUAACUUAGCAAUAUUGUGCUCAGUUCUGGCUACCAGCAGAAGUUUUAGGUAAAGUAUGUAUGUAUGUAUGUAUGCAAACGCACAAAAAAACAAAAAACUUCGUGCAAGCUAUGAGAUUUUAAUUUUGUUACAUGGAGUGACUAUAUACAGUAGGAAAUCGAUAAAGGACAUCUUGUAGACUAAAAAUAAUACAUUUCCUGACUUUUGAGAUUUUCGUUGCCACUCACUCCUGCUGCAGUACAUUUCAAAUUCCUUUACUUUUGAUUGGUAAUGUUUUCUAAAUUAUCAAAUAAUCGUUACCAAGAGUCUGAAAAAAUAUAUUUCUGCAUAAUACUAAAUACAAUUAGCAGCUUUUAUAAGCUUUUCUAAGGUUCUUGACGUCUUGAAUUGCAUCAUAAUGUCAAUCCUUUAACGACAUACUCACAGAAUAUGUUUAUAGGGCAAUAUUUAACUCUAGAAACUAAGUUUCAUAUGAAUAUAUGUACAAUUUGCAUUCUGUACUAAGCUUUUUUGCAUUAAUUUUCACAAAGAAAUCAUAUGCUAUGCAUUUCCCAUAUUUAAUUAUGUAUUAUUAUGAAAAGUUAUUAGUUGUUACUGUGAACAUAACGAAUGCUAUUUAUACUGUAGAAACGAACUCCAAUUAUUGUGUAAAAAAAACUCAAGGUGCUACAAGGUUAAUUAAAUUUACAACUACCGAUUAUGGUGAGACAUAAUAGUCUUUUUGUAUAUGCCAAUUUUUAUCAACUGAGACACAAAGCCAUAGAAAAGUGUAUUUAAAAAUAAACAAUUCAUGAAAAAUACGUUAUACACGUUACUUUCAUUGGGACAAAAAUAAAAUAAAAACGAAUGAGUAAUGCAACUUGCACCUUUGACAUAAAAAUUUUUAUUUUUUUUUAAUAUGGAUGUCUUAUAAUAGAUUGUGAAUAUUUAUUUUUACUGUUAAUUGUACAUUAGAGUUAAGAAUUUUAAUUGUAUAAAUCCGCGUUUUUAUGAUGCGAUAUUUUAAAUAUUUUUAUGUCCUUUGUAUUUCUUUCGUUUCAUUUAAUCCAUCCUCUUGGAACCUUAAUCUACGAGAACAACUAGACCAAUUAUUUUUUCGCUUUUCAUAAUUGUUUACACACGAAUGAUACUUGGUAAUGUGAAGUUAAUGACAAUCUUGAUGUGACGUUCUAGUUGAAGAAACGAAAUUUCACUAUUUAUCGAGUAAAUCCGAAUAUAACUUUUUUCUUAAACUUUGAUUUCUAUUGUUUCAUUAAUAGACGUCAUAAUCAAGUAAAAACUCUCGUUUCAAAGAACAGAAACGAUUGUACGUUUCAUUACAUGUUAGUAAUGCAUUAUUGGUAUUGAUCAUUAAUCGAUUACUCAGAAUGUGACUUCACUGUACUUACAACUCCAUUCCUGAUCUUUUUUACAGUGCGUCUAGGUAAAAGUAGCACUUCUAUAAAUUUGAAUAUUUGAUACAAUGACUAAUUACAUUUACUGGUGUUCUUCAUUACUGUACAAACUGCCUCUUUAGGUUUGACUAAGGAAAGAUUUUCUGUUUAUUAUUAAAACUUUACGAAGUUGA